UCCCGUUUUUCCCCCAGGGCCGACGCUGCCGCGGGUAAAGAUUCCGGAGCUGCCAAAGUCACCCAAGCUGACGCCGCAGGAGAAGCUCCGGCUGCGGAUGCAGAAAGCUCUCAACAGGCAGUUCCGGGCUGACAAGAAGGCAGCGCAGGAGAAGCUGCUGCAGCAGGAGCACGAGAGACAGGAGCGGGAGGACGAGCUCCGCGCCAUGGCCCGGAAAAUCCGCAUGAAGGAGCGGGAGCGCCGGGAGAAGGAGCGCGAGGAGUGGGAGCGUCAGUACAGCCGCCAGAGCCGCAGCCCCUCCCCCCGCCACGGUCCGUGCCCCUCCCCCCGCCACGGGAUUCCCAAAAUUCCCAGAAAUCCCGACAUUCCCAGAAUUCCCG